AUGAGAGGAAACACAGCCUGUCGCACGCUACGGAAUGCUUCGGGCAGGCAGCAAUGUCAUGCUAGAAGGACAUAUGCCACCAAGGUCCAGCAGCCUGCUGCUACAGUCUCGUCGGAGGCAGAGGUGGGCUCAGCGAGAGCCUACUGUCUGGAUCUCCUCAGGAAAUAUGAUACCCCUUCAUUUCUGCUGCAAUCAUAUAUGCCUCCCAAGACACGAGAUGCCUAUCUCGCCAUUCGUGCCUUCAACAUAGAGGUCGCCAGAACCGCCGAUACAACGAGUACUCCAACUAUUGGUUCGAUGCGUCUGCAGUUCCAACGAGAUGCUAUUACAAAGGCCCUGGCUGGCACGCCGCCGAAGCAACCUAUCGCCAUCUUAUUGGCUUCUGCUGCUGAGGAUCUACAGCGAAGAACCGACGGCAAAUCAAAGUUUAGCAGGAGCUGGUUCCACAGGAUCAUAUCUACCAGAGAACAAUACCUGACGAAUCCGCCGUACCCUGAUCUGGCUGCCAUCGAGUCAUACGCCGAGAACACUUACUCGACCCUCAUGUACCUGACUCUCCAGGCCCUACCCAUGGCCUCCCUCACCGCCGACCACGUCGCCUCACACAUCGGAAAAGCGACAGGCAUUGCCACAAUCCUUCGGGGACUGCCCCUGCUUGCCUUCCCAGGUCCGGCAAAUCACCACUCGAACCAAGGCGGUAUGGCUGGUGACGUUGGCGCUACCAGACAAGGCUCUGUUAUGCUACCGCUAGACGUAAUGGCGAGACACGGUGUACGGGAAGAACAAGUGCUACGCGAAGGUGCUGAAGCUCCUGGCCUCCGUGAUGCUGUCUUCGAGGUUGCCACAAGAGCUAGUGACCAUCUCAUCACCGCCAGAGAAAUGGUCAAGAACCUCCGAGCUGGUCAGGAUGCAGGUCACGACUUUGAGCAUGGUCAUGAGGAGGAACACAUGAACUACGCGCCGUCGCAAACAUCCACACCCGCACAAGAGGUCCAGCAAGCCUUCCCUGUGUACCUCUCCGCAGUGCCCACAAGUCUUUGGCUCGAAAGGUUGCAGAAGCACGACUUCGAUGUCUUUGCACCGAAGCUCAGAGUUACCGACUGGAGACAGCCCUGGAAGACAUGGCUCGCAUACAACAGGUCGAAGUUCUAG